GCUUCCUCCUUGCUCAUCCAAAUACCUCGGGGUUCCCGGUCGGGCUCUGGGGGAUGAGAGAGUCUCUGUGGCCCUAAUAGUGACUUAUUACUCCCACAAACCCAAGCCCCUAUCCCUGCCAAGUUGCCUGCGCCUCUCCGCUUCGCCCCAACCCCCAAUUGUCCCGCUGAGACUCGUGAAAACUACAACUCCCAGGGUGCAUCGCGCCAGAUCUGCACUCCGCGAAUCAGGUGGCUCGCGUCAGGUGACUUCUGACCCGCCCCACAGUAAGUCAAGCCGGCCCGGGGAAGCGGGCACAGUCUGAGGAGGCUCCUGCGUCCCUUGUGGUGCGUCCCCUGAGCCUGGAGGAUCUCAGUUCUUUGAAAUCAAGGAACAUGAUAAGGAGGUGGCUGGUUAUUUUUAUCCUUUUGCCCCUGAAGCUCAUAGAGAAAUGUGAGUCGACUGUCAGCUUCACCGUUCCUCCCACCGUGAAGCUGGAAAAUGGAAGCUCAGCCAGCAUCAGCAUCUCCCUUCCGCGUCCUUUAAAUGGCACCUUGGUGAUCACUUUUGAAAUCACAUUUCGUUCAAAAAACGUUACUAUCCUUCAGCUCCCUGAUGAAGUGGUAGUGCCUCCCGGAGUGACAAAUUCCUCUUUUCGCGUGACGUCUCAGAAUGUUGGACAAGUUACCGUUUAUCUGCAUGGAAAUCAUUCCAACCAGACCAGCCCAAGGAUCCGCUUCGCCGUGAUCCACAGCAACGUUGUAAGCAUCAUCAACCAGGUGAUUGGCUGGAUCUACUUUGUGGCCUGGUCCAUCUCCUUCUAUCCUCAGGUGAUCACGAACUGGAGGCGGAAAAGUGUCGUUGGUCUGAGCUUCGACUUCGUGGCCCUGAACUUGAUGGGCUUCGUGGCCUACAGCGUGUUCAACAUCGGCCUCCUCUGGGUGCCCUCCAUCAAGGAGCAGUUUCUCCUCAAAUACCCCAAUGGCGUGAACCCUGUGGAGAGCAAUGACGUCUUCUUCAGCCUGCAUGCGGUCGCCCUCACGCUGGUUGUCACAGUGCAGUGCUUCCUGUACGAGCGAGGGAACCAGCGCGUGUCCUGGCCUGCCAUCUGUUUCCUCAUGCUCUCCUGGCUCUUCACGUUCAUCGCCCUGAUCAUGGCCGCAGUCGGGGCCACCACGUGGCUGCAGUUUCUCUUCUGCUUCUCCUACAUCAAGCUGGCGGUGACGCUGGUCAAGUAUUUUCCGCAGGCCUACAUGAACUUUCGGUACAAAAGCACUGAGGGCUGGAGCAUUGGCAACGUGCUUCUGGACUUCACCGGGGGCAGCUUCAGCCUCCUCCAGAUGUUCCUCCAGUCCUACAACAAUGACCAGUGGACGCUGAUCUUUGGAGACCCAACCAAAUUUGGACUCGGCAUCUUCUCCAUCUUUUUCGAUAUUGUCUUCUUCAUCCAGCACUACUGCUUGUACAGAAAGAAACCAGGGCUUCAGGCAGCACACACAGGUUCUGGCAGCCGUCCCAGGCAGGACUGAACACUGAGCUUGGAGCAGACGGCCUUGCCCCAGGCAACUGCUGUUUCUGGGAGCAGCUUGAAGGACUGACCUUGCAGCUGGGAGAGCCAAGUGUGCUUUGCUGCCACUGCUGAGUUCAGAGACCAAGCAGCCAGGUGCUGUGGCCGAUAGACCCAGAGGUGCUGGUGCUGGUGGCGGAGGGGCUAGGACCUUGGGGUAGAACUUGGGGGCCCUUCUCUGAGCACUCACCACCCUGACAUUCACUCAUGCUAUGUAACUCCACUUCUACGAGUGCAAUCACAGGUGGCCCAGGCCAGGGUCUGGUAAAGAAACAGUAUUUCCGAGCCUUAAGGUGCCCACCAGAUUGGUUUGGAACCGGUCUCACAUCCAACACCCUCUGGAUCUCCAUCACACUAACAACCCCUUUUGGAUUUUUCAGAGGGACGCUUUUGAAGUAAGUGGCUUACUGCCUUACUGCUUUCCGCCUACCUCCAGUUUCCCAGCGUCAGGCCCCACGUCAGCCCCUCUAACUGCUCCUUACCCUGGGUCUGCUCGGAGUGCAGGGGACAGACGCACACAUGCACGCACACACACCAGUCUGUGCCUUAGAGGCCUGUUAGACCUGCUGGGUGGUGAGAGUAGCUCUCCUGAAGGGGAGGGCAGGCCCCCUUCCCUCACUUUGCCCAGACCCCUACCUGAGAUUCACCAAUUUGUGGCUGUUCCGGAGCUUCAGAUAAGGUCUUAAGACCACCUCACAUAAUCUUCAUGGACCCAGUCUGAUCCCAAAGCCCUUCCCUUCCCACCAAGCAGGUGUCCAUCCUGUGGCAGGAGGGGAGGGUCCCAGGAUGUGCCUUGAGUUUGUCAAUCCACUCUCAGAUUUGUUUACCACGAGAUAACAAGAGGCUUAUGUCCUUAAUUAAACCUGAUUCCUUUCCUCUCUGCACA